CACAUGGAUGCAGCACCGAUGCUUCCCGGAAGAAGCGUUCACUGGAGUUCCACAAAGAGCUCCAAAAGAAGCUUUCCAAGUACCAAACCCCUGAGCUUCGGCGGUGUUGCCAGGGGGCAUGGUGCUGCUGCGCCAGAAGCUGACGUGCGAGGACCGUGCCAAGCGGAUCCAGGGCCCAGACUCCCAGCAGUGUCGCCAAGCCUUCCUUGAUUGCUGCAAAGUUGCUGCUGGCCUACGGCGAAAAUCCUGGGGAUCCCACAGCCUUGGGCGGACACAAACCCAGGAUCUGGAAGACGACUUAUUCGAUGAGGAGUUCAUUCAGUUGCGGAGCGUCUUCCCCGAGAGCUGGCUCUGGAAAUCGUACGAUGUGGAGCGGACCUUCACGACAAACGUGAUUCUUCCUGAUUCCAUCACCACCUGGGAGAUCCAGGCUGUUAGCAUGUCUAAUACGAAUGGCAUCUGCGUCUCAGAACCCGUUCGGGUCAGAGUCUUCCAGAACUUCCACAUCUCUCUCCGGCUGCCCUACUCAGUGAAGCAGUUUGAACAGAUCGAGCUUCAGCCGGUUCUCUACAACUACCAGCCUGAGCCCAUCAGCGUGUCAGUAUACCUGGAGCCCCAUGACGGCCUCUGCUCUCCUGCCACUGUAGGCCCAGCACGGAAGCAGCGGGUGGAGGUGCCCGGGAACUCUGCGGUCCCCGUCCCCUUCGUGUUGGUUCCCAUGGGAGCGGCCGAUAUCCCCAUCACGGUCGUCGCCCUUGGUGGCUUCGGGGGAGGGGACAAAGUCUCCAAGAAGCUGAGGGUCGAGAAAGAGGGUGCCGUCCAGGUGGAGGAAUAUUCCGUUUCCCUGGAUAGUAAAGAUGGGCGCACCAGAACGGUGGAGAUUUCAGGCGAGAUUCCCUCCAACGCCAUUCCCGGCAGCGACUUCAAGAUGAGCGUCCGUUUGACAGGCUCCGUGCCUGCUGACGUCCUUCAGAGCUCCCUGACCCCGGAUGGCCUCUCGUCUCUGCUGAGGGUUCCCCAGGGAUGUGGGGAGCAAACCAUGGUCCUGCUGGCCCCCGGAGUCUAUGCCAUGCAGUACCUGGACAAGACAGAGCAGUGGCUGCACCUGAAACCAGAGAGCAAGGAAAAAGCGCUGGAAAACCUCCGUUCAGGCUAUGAGCGGAUCCUCACAUUCCGGAAGACAGACGGGUCCUACGGAGCUUGGAUCACCCACCCCAGCAGUGUCUGGUUGACGGCUUUCGUGACAAAGGUUUUGACUCUGAGCCACGAGUACCAAGAGGUGGAUGAGGCCAAGAUCCGUGAGACGGUGCAGUGGCUGCUGAAUAAGCAAAAAGAGGAUGGUUCCUUCGAAGACCCACAUCCUGUCUAUCAUCGGGAGAUGCAGGGUGGCGUUGGCGGCCUUCAUGGAGGCAUCUCUCUCACGGCGUACAUCACCAUUGCGCUUCAGGAGGCCUUGGCUGUGUACAAAGUGGAGGAGUCGGAUCCAGAGCAGGAAAGAGCGAAGCAGGAACAGCUGAGCCGACUGAGAAACGGCCUGGCUCAGGCGACUGCCUUCCUUUCCCGCAAGCUAGAAGAUCAAUCCCUGGGCCCGUACCCUGUCGCCAUCACCAGCUACGCCCUGUCGAUCGCUUCCGACGACCAGUCAGCCAUCACGAGUUCCGGCGUUCGCCUGAAGAGUCUCGCUACGGAGGACAAAAACAACACUAUGAUGUUCUGGGAAGUGGAGAAGGACCGGCUGCAGAAUGAGAAGAAACCUGACCGGGUGCCUCCCGCUUCAGCCAUCUCGGUGGAGGCCACCGCAUACGGGCUCCUCUACCUGUUGCAGAAAAACGACAUUGCCUCAGCAGGCAAGGUGGCUCGGUGGCUGACGGAGCAGAGGAACUAUGGGGGAGGCUUCAAAUCCACCCAGGACACAGUGGUGGCGCUAGAAGCUCUGUCCCGCUAUUGGAUCAGCUCCUUCGAGGAGGAGGACAACGAGCUUAAAGUGACCGUCAAGAUCCCCGGGAAAAGCUUGCCGAGGUCCUUUACCUUUGGGCGGUCGAAUGAUCCGAUCCAGGAAGAACUUCAGUUUUCCAUGGGAAGUAACAUCCAUCUGAAAGUGGAAGGGAAGGGGAAAGGGACUCUAACCGUCCUGAAGCAAUACCACGUCUUGGCUGUGCAAAACACUUCGUGCCAGACUCUCGGGCUGCAGGUGGACGUGAGUGGUUCUUUUCAGCGUGCACCCGACAUAUUAGACUACUACUAUGAAUAUGAAGAUUACAGCCUAGAGGAUUCUGAGCCGAAAGCAGACCCCGCCGACCAGCCGUUGUCACCGAUCGAAGUGUUUGACGCCCGCCGACGCCGCAGGAGGGAAGCCAAAGACCCUGGGCAGGUGCAGAAGGAGGUGACCUACAAUGUCUGCUUCUGGAGACAACCGGGGGCUCAUGUCUCUGGCAUGGUUAUCGUGGACAUCACCCUGCUGAGCGGCUUCCAUCCGGAUGAGAACUACCUUGAGGAGCUGCGAACUCUCCCCGAUCAAUACAUCAGCCACUGGGAGAUCCAAGGAAGGCGGCUGCUGCUCUACUUUGACUCGGUGCCAGCAUCCGGACGCGAAUGCGUAUCAUUUACAGCAAAGCAGCUGGUGCCUGUGGGGAAAAUCCAGCCAGCCAGUGCCACCAUCUACGAUUUUUAUGAACCAGACCAGCGCUGCAGCAUCUUCUAUGGCGCCCCCAACAAGCCUCAGUACGUGUCGGCCUUGUGCUCCGAAGACGUCUGCCAAUGUGCCGAAGGUGCCUGUCCGCGUUUGAAGCGUACCCUUGACGAGGCCAUUACGGAGCAAGCACGCAUGGAGUUUGCAUGCUAUAGUCCCCGUGUGCAUUACGGGUUCCGAGUUCGAGUGGAGCGCGAGACCCAAGAAAGCGCCUUCCGCGUCUACGAAGUUAUCAUCCUGGAGCCCUUGCAGUACAUCGCAGACAUUGGGAUCUCUGAGAACGAGAUCAGGCGCUUUGUGGUCCGUGCUGCCUGUCGGACUCGCUUGGUCACUGGCCAGGAGUAUCUGCUGAUGGGACGCGACGGGGAGACCCGGGAUGCCGAAGGACGCCCCCAGUACCUGAUGGAUAUGAAUUCCUGGAUAGAGGAGCUGCCAAAGCCCCAGAGCUGCCGAGCCACACAGCACCGCAACACCUGUUCCCAGCUCCAGUCAUUCAUCUCUUCCUUUGCUGUCAGCGGCUGCCGGGUCUAAGCCAGAGAAGGGGCUUCACGUCUCCUGCGCUGCCCCCCCCCAUUUAGAUGCACCAGAUAUAUCAGCUCUGCUACAUUUGGGAGGGGGCCUCGCUCAGCCUGCUGAUGGGGGACCCCUGCGCCUGAGAGUGUGCCUGGCCUUUUUAAUGCUUUUAACGAGAUUCUGGCUGCUAAUUUCUAGGGAGCCCACAGAGCCACUUAGAAAUAACAGGAAUAUGUGGCCAAAAUGGCGGACGGUUGCCUACAAUGUGUGUCUUUAAAAUCAGUGUCUGUUCCAUAGGAACAGGAAAAUGUAUACCCAGAGCAUAUUUGAACAAAACGGGCAUUCUCACCCGAAUUUAAAACUACAGUUUCCCUUUGCAUAACAUCAGCUACGUUUACAAGUUCAAACAGCAACUUCCAUCUGCGAAUGAAGAUGAGGGGUGGUCGUUGGCCGAAUGAGAAGUACCGGCCUAGUCCUGUCCGAAAAGCUCUCGGCAUUUACCAUUUUUAUUUUAGGUUUCGCCUGCAGCACCUUACAACAUAUUUGCACUAUUCAAAUGGCAAUUUUAUUCAUUAAAAAGAAAGCGUUGCUUCCUGGU